AUGAGGGACUCUAUCAAGAAGAAGUUUGCGAGGUUGAGGGACGAGGUCGCGUCUGAUACAACAUGGCAUGAAGGCUCAGAAACGCCCACACAAUAUCUCCAAACGGGAGAAACAUCAGAAAAUUCAUUGGGUCCCGCUCAACCACUCCCGCAUCUUCCAGAUUUCGCCAGUAGUCAAGAAUACGUUGAUUCCUUACUGGAUUUCGUUGGACAAGAUGAGCUAUUGCGAUCUCUCUGUGGAGGUGUUCACAUCUUGGACUUCUUCACGAGCGAUCCGCCAAUAUAUGAUCGGGUGCUGCCAGUGGACUGGCGGAAAUUUUUCUCGGAAACAGAUAUCAUAGACGUCCUCGAUCUUUUGAUGCGAGAGGAUCUGGCCCGCUUUUCCGUCCAUAGUGUCGAUGACGAGAGCCGUCGCUCAUGGAGAAAUGGACCAGUGCCGCCUUCUAGUCUCAUUGAAUAUAUUGCAAAAGUAAGAAAACAUCUUUUGAUCCGCGAGCCUGGAAAAUCACAAUGCUACCGUAAUCGAGCUAUGCGACCAGCUCACAAGUUAUCUCGUUUCGUUGCUCUAGGCAUGAACGUGAAGAAGGUACAUGAAGUUGGCAUAUUCGCUUCCUACCUGAAUGACCUUGCCACGGAGAUUAGUGAAGCAACCAAUGAGCCUGUAUCCCAUCUCGUCGACUUUGGGUCCGGUCAGAACUACCUUGGGCGUGCGCUCGCAAGUGAGCCGUACAACAGGAAUAUCGUGGCGAUCGAAAGCAAGCAAGCCAACGCCGAGCGAGCAAAGCAACUCGACGUCCUGGCCAAACUUGCGAUCAAAGAGAAAAUUCUGAGGAAUAAAAAAGCCUACAGAGCCAAACUCAAUGGCAAAGCGUCGAGCACACCAGCUGAGCAGGGAGAUCCCGAUGCGUUGCCUGCCUCGGCGAACGAGACUGUGACAGAUCAGCCGGAUGCGGAAGCUAGAGAUUCAGAUGCUGCUCCAGAAGUUGAAUCACCUUACGUUGGUUUUGGUAAGAUACAGUAUGUGGACCAUCGGAUCGCAGAUGGUGACCUCCGCGAUGUCAUCGAGCACAUGCCUGAUUCAGGCCCGAAGAACCUUAUGAUCAUGUCACUUCAUUCUUGCGGCAAUCUUGUUCACCAUGGACUACGAUCAAUGGCUUUGAAUCCAGAGGUCAAGGCAGUGGCAAUGGUUGGCUGCUGCUACAAUCUUGUCACAGAACGACUGGGGCCCGCGGAUGGCGAGACAUCUGAUAAGUUGCCUACACUGGAUGAUCAGCCUCGCCUCUCGUCAAGAGGUGAAGCAUGUGAUCCACACGGAUUUCCAAUGUCUGAUCGAUUCCUGAAUUACUUUGCAACCGAGGGACAGAGUCAAACCAGAGGCAUACGCUUGAACACCACCUCCCGAAUGAUGGCCGUGCAGGCACCAUCGAACUGGGGCUUGCAGGAUAGUGGUGACUUCUUCCCGAGACACUACUUCCGCGCGCUCCUGCAGCGCAUCUUCCUCGACCGUGGAGUUGUUGGGCCACCCAGGGCUGAAUUCGCCGGCGGGUCCAGCGCCGCUGGACAUAGCAGCGGCGGAACACCAAUUUACAUCGGGAGCCUGCGCAAGGGCUGCUAUGACAACUUCAUUAGUUAUGUUCGAGCCGCCGUGGCUAAACUUAGUGAUGAUCCCGAAGUCGGCCAUGUGUUCAAGGAGAAGAUGGCUGACAUCAGUGAUGAGGAAAUCUUGAAGUAUGACAGAGAGUAUAUUGCGCGAAAGCCCGACCUGAGCGCCGCUUGGAGUUUGAUGGCCUUCUCCGCCGGUGUGAUCGAGGCUGCAAUUGUUGUCGAUCGAUGGCUCUGGCUUCGUGAACAAAAGGAUAUCAAAGCAGCAUGGGUCGAGCCGCUGUUCGACUACAGACUCAGCCCUCGUAAUUUGGUAGUGGUGGGUGUCAAGAAUUGA